CCUCCCGCCCCGCGCCAGGUCACCAUCCUCUUCGCCGACCUCCACGCCUACCUGGACAACAUGAAGGCGCCGUGGGAGCUGCUGGAGCUGCGCACCCGCUACUACGAGGCCGUGAUCAAGGCCAUGCUGGAGAGCAUUGGCGUGCCCCUCGACAAGCUCACCUUCGUGCGGGGCACCGACUUCCAGCUCAGCAAAGAGUACACGCUGGACGUGUACAGGCUCUCGUCCGUCGUCACGCAGCACGACGCCAAGAAGGCGGGGGCGGAGGUGGUGAAGCAAGUGGAGCACCCGUUGCUGAGCGGUCUGCUGUACCCCGGGCUGCAGGCCCUGGACGAGGAGUACCUGAAAGUGGAUGCCCAGUUUGGAGGAGUGGAUCAGCGGAAAAUCUUCACCUUUGCAGAAAAGUACCUGCCUGCUUUGGGCUACACCAAGCGCAUCCAUCUGAUGAACCCCAUGGUUCCUGGCCUGACAGGCAGCAAAAUGAGCUCUUCAGAAGAGGAGUCAAAGAUUGACCUUCUGGACCGGAAGGAGGAUGUCAAGAAGAAGCUGAAGAAAGCUUUCUGUGAGCCAGGCAAUGUGGAGAACAAUGGGGUCCUGUCCUUCAUCAAGCAUGUCCUCUUCCCCCUCAAGUCAGAGUUUGUGAUAUUGAGAGAGGAAAAAUGGGGAGGAAACAAAACCUACACAGUGUAUGAAGAACUGGAAAAGGACUUUGCUGAGCAGGUCGUGCACCCUGGGGACCUGAAGAGCUCGGUGGAGGUGGCUCUGAACAAGCUGCUGGACCCCAUCAGGGAGAAAUUCAACAACCCAGAGAUGAGGAAGCUGACCAGUGCCGCCUAUCCUGAUGCAGCCAAAGCCAAGGCUGCAGAGAAAGGCCCCAAGAACUCGGGUCCCAAAAAUUCAGACCCUGAGGACGUAAUUCCCUCCCGGCUGGACAUCCGUGUGGGCAGAGUGAUCAGCGUGGAAAAGCACCCAGAUGCCGACAGCCUGUACCUGGAGCAGAUUGAUGUGGGCGAGCCCACGCCCCGCACUGUGGUCAGCGGCUUGGUGCAGUUCGUGCCUGAGGAGCAGCUGCAAGACAGGCUGGUGCUGUUGCUGUGCAACCUGAAGCCCCAGAAGAUGAGGGGGGUUGAGUCCCAGGGGAUGCUGCUGUGUGCGUCCAGUGUUGGGGAGCCCCGGCAGGUGGAGCCCCUGGACCCACCAGUGGGCUGCUGUCCAGGUGAGCGGGUCUUCGUGGAGGGGUAUGAACAUGGGCAGCCUGACGACGAGCUCAAGCCCAAGAAAAAAGUCUUUGAGAAGCUACAGGCUGACUUCCGGAUCUCUGAAGACUGCAUUGCUCAGUGGAAGCAGAAAAACCUCAUGACCAAGCAGGGCAGCAUCUCGUGUAAAACGCUGAAGGGUGGGAACAUCAGUUAACCAGCGCCGGGCGUCUGGUCCCUAUGCCUGUUCACAUCCCCACCGCCAUCCCUCACCCCCUUCUGGAUUCUCUUCCCCAGCCUCUGCUGCAGUCUAGCCAAGAUGCACGUGCUGCGUAGCAGCCGAACAGCUCCUGGACUCCAGCCCUGCUGUGCCAGGGGGCCAGGACUGAGUUUGCAGCCCCUGGUAGGGGGUACCCAUUCUGCACUUGGCCUAGUGGAGACCCUGCCUCAUGCCCCUUGGAGCUGUUAUCUUCACAAGGAGUACGCAGUAUGACUCACUGUGCCCCUGGUAGGAUGGGCGGGAGGGUGGGGGCUGGUAUGCACGGCCAUUUCCCUGAAGUGCUGCUGUGGCUGUCAUCACCCUGUUCUGGAAAGGCCCUGGCUGAAAACGGUCAUUGUGCUUCCCUGGGCUUCCAGCUGGGCAGGGCUGUUAGCUCAGCCUGCCUGUCUCAUCUUGGGAAAGCUCUGGGACUUGGCCACAUACAGGCCUGAACGUGGGUUCAAAAAGGAAGUUCAUGUGCUCACACUGGUGUAGCUUCUACCAGAGGGUGGAGACUUGGCAGCCUGUGAAGCCGCCAUUCACCAGGCUGACACAUGCACGUGCCCCCUGCUCUGUGCCUGGCACUGCUGGCUCAGGUGCAUACUCUGAGGUCUCUGGCAGAGCAGCCAUGAGCAGUUCAGCUGCUCCUGGGGUGGUAUCACAGCUCCGCCUGCUCAGCGGUGAGGGAUGCAUCCCCUCCAGCCUUGGACCUAAAAUCAUGUUACUGUCAUACCCUGAAAUAAAGCAUGGAACUGAC